CCUUCACGUAGCGGCGUUCAGUUCAGUGUACCGUUCGGCUCCAUCCGCGAAAGCUGCGGGGCGACCGGGACACGUGUUGCUGUGCGCUGCCCUCGAUACACGCGACUAAACGAUAAUAUGAAAAUUUGACUUAUAAUCAUCAUUAUUUUUUGUACUCUCAAUUGUCAUCAUUUUAAUUAUAUUAUUUUUAUAGUGUGCUACCACAUUUUAAAAUAUAUAUUGUCGUACACGUUGGCCCGUUCGUUUUUCAGUGUCGAGUACUCAGGUCGUAUAUAAAAAAUAUAAAAUUACGCGUAAAAAUAAGUUUCUGAAAAUUUACGUCUGUUCCGGGGGGAUAAUAUCGUACAAGUAGUGACGCGCUGCACCGCGCGCCGUCUCCGCGACUAAUCGGCAGCGUGCGCGACGGCGGCGGUGCAGCCGGCGUUCGCAGACCGCACGUUGUGACUUCACGGCGUCCACCUGUUGCCGCCUCCGCAUCGUCAGCAGUACCGACAGAAACAGCGACAUAGACAGAAGCAGGAGCGGCGAUCAAAUCGUACACGCAACCAUGUCAUCGCACAGCAGUUCCAUGCGGACGUUCCGGAGUUCCGAUUCAGCUAGCGAGAUCGGAUCGUCCGAGACGUCGUUUUCCGAACGGUCUCAGCCGUACUUUGCGCUCUGCUCGCCCCGGUCUAAGUCGUCCGUUAACGUGUCCAACAGCGGUGGCGUCGCUGCCACUGCGGGUCCUGGUAGUACUGUCGGCGGGUCUAGUUCCAUGUCAUCCGGCAUCAAUCAUAACAAUAACAACAAUGCCAACAGCAAUAUCAAUAACUUCAAGCAGCCGGCUGCACAGCAACCGCCAGCGGUCGCGUACCACCAUCAGCCAUGCCGGCGGUCGUCCAGCGCCAAGGCGGCCAACAAGCCGCGACCCGUUGUCCGCCGGGACCUGGGACAUGUCAACUCGUUUCCGGAUGCGCAUCACAACAUGCAUCAUAAAACGCCACCGGGCGGCGGUUCGUCGUCCACGUCGUAUUACACGCCACCAAGGAGCCCGUCGCUGAGCGUGACCACGCCGACCGACGGGCCACCGCGCCGAAGCCCCACAACCCCGUCGUCUAGUGCAGUGUUUAAAUUUCCGUCGUCCGCGGGUUCCGCGAUCACCGCCUCUUCGUCGUCUGGUGGCUCGGCCAUUGUCCACCAUUACGGCCGCAGCGGAGGCACCAACCCAAACACACCGAGGACGCUACCCAGGAGUCCGUCCACCGGUAGCGCCGCUACUUCCACGUCGUACAACACCAACAGUGAUAGCGCGUGCAACACCCACAGGUCUGCGUCUGAUUUGACUGAGUGCACGGGGGAGGAUCUAUCCACUCAACCAGCAUCGGUUUCCAGACCUUCGUCACCUAGAGGCCGAGGUCUAGCUUAUCUAGCGUCACGUCGAAGUAGUCGUGAUUCUCAAUUUUCCAACGAAGAAUUAGCACCACUUAACUUUAAUGCCACAGCUCGUGGGAGGCAAAGAAGAACCUCCAAUUUCUUGGAACUCCCAGUUCCGGAUCACGUGAGGCCUCGUGUUUGCAGUCUUCCAGAAAAACCAUACAAUCCAAGGUCUGGGGACGAGUUGUACCGACUCCGUACUUUUAGUAUAACUAAUAAAGGUGGUGUGGUAAAUUGUGGAGAUAGCAUUAUAAACAGAAGAUCCAGAAGUAAUACAAGCGUCAAUUCAACAACUAGCAAACAUAGUCCCAGUAACCUUAGCGGGAUAUCACCUUUUGACAGUUCGUGUUGUGGUGGAAAUAGCAGCUAUAAUGAUCUAAGCUCUGGAGAGUCUAGUGUUGCCGAGGAAAUACCCAAGUACAGAGUGGUACUUCUAGGCGAAUCUGGUGUCGGCAAAACGGCGUUGGUUUCGCAGUUCAUGACAUCUGAAUACAUGAAUACGUACGACGCAUCCUUAGAUGACGAGUUUGGUGAAAAAACUGUUUCUAUACUACUGGAUGGCGAAGAGUCUGAAAUGGUGUUCAUUGAUCACCCCAGCAUCGAGAUGUCGGUAGAAAAUUCAAUUGCUACAUACGAACCGCAUGCUUGCAUUGUGGUUUACUCGGUAGUGUCUAAAGGAUCGUUCAAAGUAGCCGAAGAAAUAUUAAACUAUCUGUGGCAAGAGAACUAUACUCGCGAAAAGACGGUCAUUGUGGUUGGCAACAAGGCGGAUCUGAUGAGGGCAAGAUGUAUAACUACCGAAGAGGGAAAACAAUUGGCAUGCUUGCGGGAAUGUAAGUUCAUAGAAACUUCUAGUGGUAUUCAACAUAAUGUGGACGAGCUGUUGGUUGGUGUGCUGAAACAAAUCCGUUUGCGCGAGACCAGAGACAAAAAGAAACAGAACCAACGGAAAACGGCUAUACACGGAUCGAAAACUUCACUAUCAUUACAUAUCGCUAAGGAAAUAUUGCAAAAAAUGUGUUUACUCGAUUCCAAGUCGAAGUCUUGUGGAAACCUCCACGUACUCUAAGUCGAAUAAUAACUAUAAUUUUAAUAACUCGACGUUUUCUGUACUCCUAUUUUUAAUUUACUAAUGUUCGUAUACUAUAUAUAUAUAACUACUUGUGUAUAAACGCGCCUGAAACAAUCCUUGAUACCUACUUUAUACUUACUUCUUUACAGGGACGGAGUGGGUGAGAUACUGCACGGUUCAGUAACCAUGUGAUAUUUGUAAGAGAUACCUAUCGAUUGAUAAUUUAAGCCGACUUUAUACAGGGCGUCGGUCUAUUUUUGAAUGACUGGCAAAAGGGCUGAUCGCCGUAAAAAUAUUUAUCACUUUUCUUCGGUAUUUUCCGAUAUAUACGUAUUUUUGUAUUUUCGCGAUCUUACUGAAAAAAUACGCGAAUGUGUCUAAUACGCUUCCAGGGCCAUGUAAUCCUAUAAAGGUCGGAGGGACUAACCCCUCGCCCUUCUCCAUUGACUGUUCUAUUUUUUCCUGUGAUAUAAUAUUAUAUACAUUAAACAUUUCAAUCCUAGUUUCUAUCGAUCAUUUACCAAAUAAUAAUAAUAUAAUAUAAUAUCAUCAUACGUAUUAUUAUUAUAUCAUUUAAAUUAUUCAAUCAUAUUAUCAUACGUGUUUUAUAUCAAUUGUAAAAAUAAUAUUAAAAACACAGUUGAUGAAAUUAAACAAAUUAUUCUUCCCAAAACCAAUACCUUCAAUGUUGGUUCGAAUAUUAUUUAAUAAAUAUUUUUAUUUUAUUAUUGUGGAUUUCAUAUAAAUACAUAUUAUACUAUAUACGUAUUGUAGCAAAAGAUAGUUUUGUCAAAACAUAAUAUUUUCUUUUCUGUGAUAAAGAAGUAAAAUAUAUCAUUAUAGUUUUUGAUUUGUCUCGUCUUUAUUCUAACUCGAUUAUUAUUUGGUUUACUUACUAAUGUCAUAAAUCUAUUAUUUAUUUUUAUCAAGAGCUUAAGUAUAAUUUUGUUAUUCAAAUAGUUCAGAAGUUUAUAAAAAAAAUGUCUAUACUUAUUCGUAUUAAUGUAACGCGUAUUAUUUUAUUGUGUGUUAAAUAAUGUUCUACUUACACAAAUGAAAUGUAUUGUUAUUUGAAUGGUUCUACUUUGCAUACCUAUGAUAUGUAAAUGUUUGUUUAAGUUUUAUUUUAAGUUUUUAAAUUUAAUACCAAUUACUUAUUUACAUUUUAUAUGUUCUAUUGAAACAUAUAUUUUCUAUAAGGCAUUAAGGCGUAAAAAACAAUAUUCUAAAAACCCUACGACAACCUAAUUACCUAUGCCAUUAUACAUAUGUUAUUCUAUUCGAAUUGUAUUUUUAAUUUAAAAUACAUACAUCGUCAUACUAUUGUAUUAUUUAAUAAUAAAUAUUAUAUUGUUUUUUUUGUGUAUUAAAAAUAAAAUAAAACCGAAUGAAAUUUACCUAUAGGGAAUAUUUUACUUUUUAAA